AUGGUUUUCCUCCGACUGACCGUCAAGGUCUACCCGCGCGACCAAGCUCCGCCGUCCAACACAUUCUCCUUCCGCUCGAUCCUCGGUGACCGCGAUGACUCCAGUCGCAAUGGGUCCAGCGCGGCAAGCGGGAAGCCCGCGAGCUUUCUUAUCGUCCUCGAGCACCCGGAAGACGUGACACUGGGCGGAUUGGCGGGCAUGAUCAAGAGUAAAUGGGAGAAGCUGAGACCGCUUGCGGAUCCUCUCGAAAUCAAGAAGCUCGUCGACGAUGAGCACGAAUCCGACGAUCUCGAUGCGGAUAUGACUGUUGCCGAUGUGUUUGUUGACAACGGAAAGGCUAGAGCCGACGGCCUUGACCAGCGCAGAGUUGUCCGGGUUAUUCAAAAGGCAGCCUACGGCGACAAUUCUCCCGUUCGAUUCCCUUCGGUUACGCAAGACUGGGACGAGGCGGCGGAAAAGUAUGCGCUCCAGCGCAAGCUCAAGAAGGAGAAACAGGAGGCCGAGCUCGAGACAAUCGCGGAGGAGUCUAGGCUUGGCUCCACAUCUGACUAUGAUUCAUGGUCCGAUUAUGCUCCUAACCGAAAACGCCGCAAAGAUAUCCCUCUCUCGUCUGUGGAGAAGGAGGUGGAGAUUCCCCUAUCGCCAACUCAGCGUGUACGAGAGUCUUCAAUGUUUGAUGCUGCCGGAGCCUCUCAUGGCCAUGAUAUCAGCUCCUCGAAUCGGCGCUUGGCCAGUCAGGAGCUUGGUGACUCGCCUCCCUCAUCGCGCGCACCCACACCGAAAAGGACGACAUCCUCUAGGCGUGAGUCAACUCAUAGCCAGAACUCUGCCAAACUGUCUGCUACUGGUGCUACACCUGUUGCGGAUUCCCCUGCACUGCAGUUGGCGCUUGAAAGCGCCAGUCACUCCGCGUCGCCGCAAAAGCAGCCCCCUCCGAAGGAAAGCCCGGUGGACUAUAUCUCUCUAGAUGAAGGUGCAGACAGGGGAAGUGAGUCUGGAUCGAGCCCUGUAUCUGAGAAAAGUGACAACAUUUCUGCCAAAUCUGGGUCUGAGGAAGACGGACACGAUAAGGAUGGCGAUGUCACGAUGGCGGAGGAAACCGUGCCCAAACAACCGGAGCAGCUUUCAUCCCCCGAGAAAAGGCCCCCAAAUCCUCCCAGCGUACCUGCAGAACCCAGCGUUUCCGGAAGCCAGUCUCGGAAGAGGAAGAAUAGCGCCGAGCAGCUGUCUCCCAACAAAGAGCCGCGCUUGGACAGGACUACACCCCCACCUGCCAAGCGGAACAACCAGGCGUCUCCCGGAACCCCAAAGUUCAGUCCGGGCAGAUCAUCCUUUUCCGGGGUGGCGCGCCGUCUAAGCUUCACCAAACCAUCAGACUCUCCCAACCGCGGGUUGGGGCUUGGUAUUACGAGAAGCCCGGAGAAGAAGCCUCAGGUUGUGGUCGAUCUCUCGCAAGACUCUACAAAAUCAAAUGACACUAUUCCUGACAGUACACCAAUCCCAUCGAGCAGUGCGCCUGGCCGGCGUGGAUCGUCAGCAAAGGAUGUCGUCUCCGCUCCGAUGAACUUGCACACACCGGCAGACAAAGCGAAGAAUCUACACUCUGCACUACGAAAAGAUACGCCUGUGGAAAGGAACUCGGUACGGCGCUCCGUCUCAUUUGUGGACGGCGAUGAUAUCAGUAUUACCGGCUCCCAGUUAGCCCCUACCUCAGUGCCGAAAGAGACCGCCGAGACUCCGACCGGGACUCGGAAGGACACUCCAAGCUCCCAGUCGACUAGUUCCGAAACCCGGCGCAUCAGCGGCGGUACAAUGGUCUUCCCUCCUGGAUUCACGAAGGAGCAAAUCGAGAAGUGGGAAAGAGAAGCGGCAGAGAAGUGGGCACUACAAGAUCGAGAAAGGACAGAAUUUGAGGAAAAGAUCAAAGAUGCCGAAGAAAGGCAGCUCAACGCGGGUUAUAUCCAUCGAGUUAAGAGUGCGUAUGAAACUUGGAAGACGAUACAGACGCUUUCAAAGAGCAAGCGGGGUUCCGAUAAGAAGCUACUCGAGAGGCAUAAGGUCACACUUAAGGAGCAACAAGCAGCAAUCAAAAAGGCCGAAGCCUCAUUGAAGUCUUCAACCACGGAAAAGAAAACGGCGUCGUCUCAGAAGUCGGCGUCUCCGAAGAUUGCUGGUAAGAAGGCCAAUCUUGGGACUGCGGCGUCAUUGAAGCCGGCUACUACCAAAGGGGAGAAGACAUCGCCAGUAGUCCAGAGUGGCUGGAACGCGGUCAACAGUAAACCGCCCGCUGCUGCUCCUACACCAAACGGCACAUCCAAGACAGCUACACCAAGCGGAUUUGCGACGCAGACGGCAACAAAAACACAGCCGACAAAAGCAUCCAAGCCCGCGUCAAGUCAAUCCCAGAAUUCUGGAUCGGAUGAGGUGGAAUUACCAGCCAUGAAAGUACACGCACGAGCCAGCGCCGCAAAUAAAUCGAGUGCAGAAAACCCCGUCGAGGUGUACUCGGAUGAGGAAAAUGGUGAGGAUAAAGAGGAGGCAUCAGAGUCCGAGUCUUCUUCUUCAGAGUCAUCUUCCGAAUCCGAGUCGGAGUCUGAGUCUGACUCCGAUAAGGAGCACGCCAGCAAAUCCCUAGCGUCGAAGGCUACUUCGCAGAAACCUAAGUCCGUAUCUCCUCCCUCUGCACAGCGCAUGGCCAAGUCACCAGCCGGAUCUCAGGGAACCGCUUCGCAGAGCCAAGGGUGGAGUUGGCCCAGCGUCAACUCCCAAAACACCCGCGCCACCCGUGCCUCGUUGAAGACUCUCAAGGGCGAAGUCGAAAGCCAGGCUGCUGCAAAGGCUGCUCCUAAGCGCGCUGUCAAUGGGCCACCACGCAAAGGGGCCUUCUCCCCGGAUGACUCCGAAGACACGGAGAGUGAGAGCGACGAGAGCAGUAGCAGUAGCAGCAGCAGCAGUGAAGACAGCGACGAUGAGAGCCGCGAUGAAGGUGAUAUCAUGUCUAGUGGACAUGUUCAGAAACUACGGCCUGCAAGGACGCGAUAG